AUGAGUCCGGCAAACCAAAUUGGCUUGCCAAACCCGCUAAACCCGCCAAACCCGCCGAGUCCAACCUGCCGGCAUCACGCGGCUGGCUUUCAUCAGCUUUCGUCAGGCUCGACUUUCCAGCAAAAGCAAGUUUCUGGCUUACAAGUUGCCCCUGAUCGCGCGGAUCUCUCCAAUGCAGAUUUUAUUCAAGAUCAAGAUGAGGCGCUGGCUGCUCUUCAACCCGCCCUGAGUGCAGCUGCAAGUCACAUGACGUCCGCUCACACCCCUGCGGCAGAGAAGGCAACGGCUUUGGAACGGGUGUCUGGCGGCAGUUGCUUUAACAACCCAAACCUGGGGACUCGGAAUGGAGAACGGGCACAGGUGCAGGCCCCAGGAGGAGCAGAAGAUGGACAAGAUGGACAAGAUGGACAAGAUGGACAAGAUGGAGAGUGCGACAUGGUCCACAGCCUCAACAUACCCCGUUCAGAAGCCACGCAGGGCGUCUCUCCAACAAUGGCCAAACCCGGGCAUCCCAUGGCAUUCGCAACCGUCGCUCCGAGCAGCGUACCACCGCAGUCUCCGUCGGCAGGUGAGCUGCCCUUGCCUUCCCCCUGGGCAUCAGGACUCAAGACUGUUGCCGCCGAUACGGCGUCGUCCCGUUCCCGUCAGACCAAAGGCCUGCUAGAGUCCGCGUUUGGCCCUACAAGGCAACGCCGCUCGCGGUCUGCAGGGCAGGAAGCUUUCAAAAGGCUCCAAAGGGCAUUGCCUUCCUUCUCCGCUCACACAAACUUGCUUCCCUCUUUGCCAACUUCCUUCCUGUCAAGUCUCACGGGGGACCACAAAACCAGUCAGCACUCGUCCCCCAAACCUGGAGCUGCCUGUCACCUGCAGUCGGCAACACUAAGCCACCAAUCUGCUACCCCCAAGACCUACUCUAUCGGAUGCCCAGCAGAGUCUGGCAAGGACGACAGCCAUGCUCCUCUGCAGGGUCCAGCAAGACGAGAACUUGCUUCCUCCUCAACACCUGAGCCCCCCCCUUCUGUGCUGCGACGAGUGACCUCUGACGAAAGCAUGCUAUAUCACAGUCUUUCGCGCCAAUCCUCAUUGGGAGACGACAACAAGUUCAGCGACGUGAGGGAAAUGGUCAAUAUCCGAUUCAUGGCAAUCAGGGAUAGCCUUCCAGAUGUGCCCAAUUUCAAGAUGCCCAGUCUGACACGACUACAAGUUGCUUCCCGGAUGCCUUCCAUAUCUCUCAACGGUCUUUUCUCCAACUCAACAGUAGACCACGCGGGCGACCCACCGAAGCCAGAAUCAGGCGGAGAGAACGUGCGCAGCUCGAUCUCCGCGGUUCCAAAAGCGGUGACUCCUGCGGCCAUGGACCGCGUUUUGGAAGACCUCACUGGUGACCUGGUCAUAUUGGGUGGUUAUCGAGGCUCUGUGCUACGCUCAGCCGAGCCGCCGCAUCAGCAGCUCUGGGCUCCCGUGAAGCUUGGUUUCAACAUGCGCAAAGCGAACCUGGAGGUUGGCUUGGAUGACGAAGACGAGGAAACCAUGGAGGAGCGCGUAAUACCUUCGGGUAUGCUGAAGCAUGUCGGCCCCGUGGAUGUGUCCCGGAAGCUGUUCAAGAAACUGCGCUCCUCACCCAACGCCCGCAGCGGCAAACUCCGAAUAUGGGACUACGGAUAUGACUGGCGACUCAGCCCAGCUUUGUCGUCAAAGAAGCUGCAGAGUUUUCUGGCCACGCUGCCAUCCAACCAAGCCGGCAUGCCUGCGGAGGCUCGUGGGGCCAUGGUGAUUGCUCACAGCCUUGGCGGCCUGAUAACGAGACACGCGGUCAAUCAACGGCCGGAACUGUUCGCUGGCGUGCUAUAUGCCGGGACGCCACAGCGCUGCAUCAACAUCCUGGGACCAUUCCGCAACGGCGACGCUGUUCUCUUCAACGAGAAGUUGCUCACAGCCCAGGUGAACUUUUCCAUCCGCACAUCCUUUGCUCUGCUGCCUGACGACGGCUCCUGCUUUGUCGACAAGCAUACCGGACAGCCGUACCCCGUCGACUUUUUCAAUGCUGACGACUGGGUCAAGUGGCGCCUGAGCCCUUGCGUGGCACCGCCCUUACCGCCGUACAAUCGCGGAAAGCAGCAAAGUCUGUCGUCCCCGCUCUCGUCAUUGCUCCCCAACUCGUUGCUCAAGUCAAGAAAGCCGCUGGAUCCCGGCCCUCGACCCAGCCCCGGCCCCGGCCCCUCACCUAGCGAGAAUCUCGGAGCUGCUCCGCCGCCGUCUCCGCCUCAGUCGCCGUCAACGCCUUGCGCCGUGCCUGGCACCAGUGUCCUGGACCAUGAGCGGUACAUGCUAUAUCUAAGACGAACACUUGCGGCAACUAGAAGGUUCCGCUCUGAACUCGUGCACUCCAAGGCCCACGAAUCAUCUAAUGCCUACCCGCCGCAUGCCGUCCUCUAUGGAAAGACGAUCCCGACAGUCUACGCAGCUCAGGUGGCUUCUCAAGAAGCGAUUGCCUACGCUGACGCCUACGAUGACCUGCUUUUCAGACCCGGGGACGGAGUAGUUCUCGCCCGUGAAGCCAUGCUGCCCGGGGGCUACUCCAUCGUUCGCUCAGGGAGAGUGAGCACCGAACGUGGCCAUCUCACCAUGCUAGGCGAUUUACCAGCGGUGUGCCAAGCACUUGAUGCUCUCCUGCGGGGUCGGAAAAGGGGAAUCGGUCUGAAAUGA